UUUCUAGUACUGACUGAGACUGAGGUCUGUCAUUUGUGCACAAAACAAAAGUAACUAGUGGUUGGUUGAUCGUAAGAAGAUGUUAGUGUAAACAUGUCUUUAUUUAGUUGUGAAAAUCUUUGUUUAUUUUUAUCGAGAUAAGUGUUUUUAUAGUUUUACAAAUGUUACUGUUUUACCAGUUAUGGUAAUAAUUACCAGUGCUUUAGUUGUGUAUAAGUUAUCCAAUUAUAUCAGAGUCACAUUGAAAUCAAUCUUGUGUCUAAUCUAUGAUAACAUUCUUUAUUUUAUCAACCUGAAUUCUUGUGGAAUUAGAAACGAAAUAUUUAUAAAAUUUGAUAUGUGGUUUUCAAGCAGCAAGGUUGAUCUGAGCAAUCAAAAAGACAUAAUUUUUAGUGAUCUGAUUCAAGAGUGUAGACAUGCAGCUCCGGGUGCAAGGCUUUCUUAUUCAAUAAGGACAAGAUUAGAAAGAUUUGCCAAAGAACACAGAAAGGAAAUUGUCAGUCGGAUCAAAGAUGGUUGUGCUCCUUUGUUCAUAGCGUGUAAAAGAGGUCAUUUAGAAAUUGUAGAAUAUCUCAUUACUGUAUGUGAUGCUGAUAUCGAACAAAGAGGUCUGUACGAAGUUCCUGAUGACCGAUCGGUCCAUAGUGUUACGCCACUUUGGUGUGCGGCUGUCUCUGGAAAGCUUCCUGUUAUCAGAUGUCUUGUAGAGCAUGGUGCUGAUGUAAACGCAGUAUCAGAUACAGGAUCAACUCCAGUUAGAAGUGCAUGUUUUAUGACCCAUAUGAACAUUGUGUCGUAUUUGGUUAAAUGUGGUGCAGACAUUUUGAUAGCAAACUAUAAUGGAGGAACAUGCCUUAUAAAUUCUGUCCAAAGUGUUCAGUUAUGCCAGUUUCUAUUGGAAAAUGGUGCUCAUGUUAAUGCCCGAGAUAUUCAGAACAAAACUGCAUUGCAUUAUGCCAUUCAAGAGCAUCGCUUUGAAACAACUAAGCUGUUGCUAGACCAUGGAGCUGAUCCUUAUGCUCGCAGCCGUUACAAUGAUGAUGCUCUGCAGACAGCCUGUCUAAAGGGUGCAGCUCAAAUUUUUACCUACUUGAUUGACAGAAUCCCAUAUGAACCAGAACGGUUAGCUGAUGCUCAUGAACUCAUGGGAUCCACAUUUUUGGAUGAACAUUCAGAUUCACAAGUUGCAUUGUUGCAUUGGCAGCUAGCCACCAGUUUGAGGAGACAACAUGGCACCAACGGUGAACCUCUACCAAAGAGACCUGACUUGCCUCCAAGAGCUGCAUUCGGACAUGCACGAGAGUUCAGAACUGAGGAAGACCUUCAAAAUAUAGCUUUAGACUUGGAUGCAAUGAGAAUACAAAGUUUGCUUGUAUGCGAGCGAGUGCUUGGACCAACACACAAGGAUACUUUGUUUCGCUUAAUGUACCGAGGAGCUGCUUAUGCUGAUGACCUCAUGUAUCAACGGUGCAUAGACCUCUGGAAGAGAGCUCUAGAAAUCAGAGUUGAAAAAGACUCGGUGUUGUUUAGCGACACAUGUUUUACUGCUCAGGCACUUGUUCGUCUCUUUGUUGAUCUCAAUGAGAAGAGUCUUGAAGUUGUUUGGAAUGCAAACAUGAGAGUUGAAGAUGAACCACGAUUUGACGAUGUGCUGGCUACUUUUACCCUGCUCACUGACAAAUUAUCAGAUUGUCGACAACUUCUUGAGAUACGUCCGGUGUACAAGAGACAACAGGAGAGCUUUGACCGGAUACUCAAGUGUAUCACGCACCUGAUCUACUUGCUGGUGGAGACUGCGCGUAGUGAGGUGCAGCAGAGGCAAGUGUACGAGUGUGUCCACAGCCUGGUGUUGUCCAACCCUCGCUCUGCCACCACCGGCGAUACACUGCUGCAUCUCUGUGUGUCUCGGCUCAACACGAUCAAGAGCAGCUACUUCAGCGAUGACAACCAGUUAAUAUUUCCCAACAUGAAAGUGAUCAAACUACUGUUGGAAUGUGGCGCGCCUGUGAAUGCAAAAAAUGAGUCCAAGUCUACACCUCUGCAUGUGGCAGCCAAUCCUUACAACUUUUACGGUCCUUUGGUACAGUUGCUGCUUGAUGUCGGAGCUCACCUGGACCAGCCUAACAAAGCUGGGGAUUGUCCUUGGACACUCAUAUCUAAGAACCCUCACAACAUCCAUCUGCUACAGUACACCAGUCUUGCAUGUCUGGCCGCCACCGCUGUCUGCAAGUACGGCAUCCUCUACCGAGGCCAGAUACCUCGCACUCUAGAGACAUUCGUCAAAUUCCACCAGAAGUGAAACUGUUAAUUUGCAUUUCUAUGGUUAUAUUUGUAUCAAUAACUUGUUGUGCCUAACGGUUGUAUAAAAUUUGUUUUAUUUUAAAUGUAAAAAAUAAUAGUGUUUCAUAUAUAACAUUUAUAAUAUACCACCUUGGAGUUAGCUCUAGCAAUACGUGUUGAAAGUUUUAAUUGUUCGUGGAAUUACUGCAAUUCAAUAAUAUUAUCUCUUCUCUAAUGUUACAGAAUUUUUAUUUUUAUAUAAAAUAUCAAGGUUAAAACCUAUUUGUAUAAAAUGUGGCAGCUAUUUUUGUGAUUCCUAAUAAAAUUAGCUGCAGACAAUAUGUGUUAACAGUGAUACUCACUCAAAUAUGUUUUAACAUUUUAAGAUCAUAUUCAUAAUAAUCAUAAUAUUAUGUAACUCAAAGAUUAUAAAAUUUUUAAAGGUAAUUUGGUUGUAUAUAAUUUGUUUUAUUUUAAAUGUAAAAAAUAAUAGUACUGUUAAUACUGAUCUAUGAAAUACUGUUCUAUGAAAUGGCGACCAUACAAAGUAGGUAUUUUAAGCUAAGUACGAAUGGAGAUGAGUGUAGGAUGAGUGGCGCGAUCUUGUAGUCUUGUUAGUGACUAAGGCCGACACUCCUUAGACACAGCUGUUAAUUAAUAGCCCAUACAGCUAAUGGCAACUAAGGGACCUACAGUUUAUAGUGGAAUCCGAACCACAUUUUUGCCUUGGUAAUUACGAAUUGGUCUAAUUAUCAGGAUAGUACUGCGGAUAGUUGUUUUACUCACCCGUGCGGACGUUAAUCCACACUGGGGAGUAUCGCAUCCACAGUGCAUGCCUAUAAAUAUCCACAAUUCGUGACCUCCUAGUAACUGGAUUACAGGACGACGCCACCCGUCCUAGUCAAAAUGUUUCAAUAGUGUUUCAUGUAUAACAUUUAUUAUAUACCAUCUUGGAGUUAGCUCUAGCAAUAUGUGUUGAAAGUUUUAAUUGUUCGUGGAAUUACUGCAAUUCAAUAAUAUAAUCUCUUCUCUAAUGUUACAGAAUUUUUAUUUUUAUAUAAAAUAUCAAGGUUAAAACCUAUUUGUUUAAAAUGUGGCAGCUAUUUUUGUGAUUCCUAAUAAAUUUAGUUGCAGACAAUAUGUGUUAACAGUGAUACUCACUCAAAUAUGUUUUAACAUUGUAAGAUCAUAUUCAUAACAAUCAUAAUAUUAUGUAACUCAAAGAUUAUAAAAUUUUUAAAGGUAAUUAAAUUUGACUUUUAGGUGUUGA